AUGGCGACCAUGUGGCGCAGUUUCCGCAAUCAAAUCGCAGUAUACAGAAUUUUAGCUGACAAUAUUUGGUCCACCAAUAAACUUGUAGCUGUCAAUCAGCAUAGGUUUAUGGGCAACACAACUUCACUGCAGCCCAAACAAGCGAAAAAGGCAAUUGACGAUGGCAAUCAAGUACUCUAUGGAGAGAUUUCUAUCAAAAUUUUAGGAAACGAUUUCGCUGUGUUAGACAGCUAUGCCAAAUUUCUUCGUAUGGCUGCAAAUAAUCUUAAAAUUAAAAUUUCUGGAAGGGUUGAUCUACCAGCCAAGAUUCAAAAAUUUACUGUAUUAAAAUCGCCUCAUAUCUUCAAAAAGCACCGUACACAAUAUGAAGUUAGAACACAUUCUAGAAUAUUAAAGGUAAGAAAUUUAACUGCUAAGACUGCUGAUAUCUACCUAGAAUACAUACAAAGAAAUAUACCCGAAGGAGUAGCUAUGACUGUAUUCGAGGUGAUAUGUGCAAGCCAAUAA